AUGGAUCGGGAAUCGAUCGAGGUAGAUCUAGAGCGUUAUCUCCUUGCGUCAUGCUUCGAUGAAACUUUUGUUAUGUUCGCUUUUCGAUUCUUCUGGUCAUACGAUUGCAUGCGUGAUAUGCGAUUAUGGAUGACUGACCUGUUCUUGCUGAGCAAUAGCUUGCAAAUGAGCGAAGCGGAAGAUCUCGACAAGCGGACUGUUUUACAGUCAUUCUCCAAGCGCAUUCAUUCCUGGCCAGAGGAGGACUGGCCAGGAAUUUCAGACUCCAAACAACGCAAGAAAAUCCAGAAUCGUCUAAACCAGAGGGUCCAACAAAACGUACAUAUCUUUGAGACAGACUCACAAGUGACUAAGAGGCUGAUGCAUAAUUUUGAAGCGAUAGCAUGCCACCAAUACAUGCUUGGUUCUCCGCGUACAGACGUGCUCCUCAGCUUGUCUCAGUCUAAUUCCACGAGUUACGACGAUCCCAUAUCACCAUCCAAUACUGCCGGCCCAUCGCAGUAUGGCUUCUAA